UCAGAACCUGUCAAAACCAUGUGUAAUGUGUAUUGUGUUGUGCCAUCCCGGAUGAUCCACUAUUCCGGUCGGUUUUUAGAUUCCUUCUUAUUUAUUAUACAGUGUAAUACUGCAACCUUGCCAUUUAUUAUAUGAGGUUGUUAAUGUUGACCGUAAGAUAGGAACUGAAAACAUUUAAGUUAAGAAAGUGUUUCUUCUUUCCAACCAAGAUGGAUUCUUCCGAAUUUGAUGCUGCAUUGGGGGGAACAGAACAUUUACCUCAUACAGCCAAUAGUUUUAAAUUUGCUGCUUCAAGAAGUAUUGAAAUAGCUGCAAUGACCGAAAGUAUAUUGCGUCCAAGUAAAACUAAACUUAUUUUCCAAACUUUGCCCGUUCACAUGCGUCGGCGAGUCAUGAGCCACAACUGUAAGCGGCUACCUAGAAGGUUACGAGAGGGGCAUUUAGAACAAAUGAAGAAGAGUGGUUUACCUCCGAAACAGAAGAGACCAUCACGGAAAUAUCGCCGCCGGCCUGCUAACCUUCUUAAAGAGUAUACAAGACGUCAAAGCAGAAUAAAGUGGCUAGAAACACACAUUUGGCAUGCAAAGAGGUUUCAUAUGAUAGAACGUUGGGGAUACCGACUAGCGUAUAGACCAUGUGACAAAGCGUUUAGGGCUUGUUAUAGAGCAAGCUCAGCCCAUUGUCUUCUACAAGACAUUUCAUACUAUAUUCCAAUUAAAAUUAUGGGAUCAAUUGAAGAAAUAGCUUUACUAUUUAAUGAUAUUUCCAAUAAAUCAUGUGGCCUAAGUAUAUCUGCUAAAGCUUAUACAACUGGCAAAAGAGCGGGUUCAAUAAAGAUUUUUAAACCAAACUCGCAUCCGUUUGGUUUUAUUGGAACAAUUGAAUUUUUGUGGGUAACAAAUGAUUUACAACCAGAACUAUGGCUUUUUGUGCAUCCAUCACAAAUAAAAGAAGUUGAAACAGUUUUCAUAGAUAUUAUAAAUCCUAGUGCUUGUGAUAAUGAAAAUAAAAAAAGAAAAUUAAAUAAAUAUGAUGUAAAAAUUGAGGUAAUGUAUGGUCAUGUUAAUAGAUUUCGUUUAACUGGCCCCCUGAGUCAAGCUGUCUUAGCAAAAGCAUUGAAGUGUUCUACUGAUAUAGAAAUAAUUAACUGUCAUGACUGGGUUUCGCAAUCAGCCAAAGAUAAUCUUAAAUUAUCACUGCAAGAAAAGUUUGAAUACUGGUCACAUAUUAGUAAGGCAUCAUCUCCGUCAGAGUUACCACCACAGAUUAUUAUUGGAUUAACUGUUAAAGACCCAAGAUGGAGCCGUCCAGCAAAGAGAACUAAAGCUGUACCUGAUGAUUCCACAAUUAAAACAGAGUAUUUGGUCAACAUACCAGAGUUCGCAUCUUCCUCUCCCAUCUGGAAUAGUAAAAUUUGUGAUAUAAUUAAAGAAAACACUGUUACGAAUGCAAAAUUUAUAGAACAUGUAACAAAAACUCAGCUAGUUCCUGGGGAGAUUAAUGAAGAUGACCCCACUAUGCAAUGCAUUCCUAUUGUAUUGAUACAAAGACCUGGAUCACAAAAUUCAACUUAUAAAAAACUUGGAUAUGGAAGUGGUUGGGAUAUUAUUAUUCCCUCUGGAUAUGGGCUUCCAUUUUGGUUAACAUUUACAAUGUUUGGUGCAAGAUCAGGAGGUCUCCGGGAAACAGAAAGCCUAUCCUAUGAAAUGGGAGUCUGUUAUUUACCACCAGAUUCAGAGGCUGGAAAAGAUGAAGAUACAAGAAAAGGAAAUAACGAGAGAGAAUGUUACUUCAAAAAACCUCCAAGUAAAAGAGUUAACUUUAUUAAAUUAGGAAUUAAGGAUCCUUUCUUUUAUCCGUGGGCAAAGUUACUAAAUGACUGGAGCAACAGUGAAAAUAUUGAGAAUUACUUUAUUUUGAGGGACAAACAUGAAAUUGAAAAUAUAAAGUUAAGCUUCGAGAAAUUGAAAAGCAAGACUAAAAAAGCAGAAAAUAUACAGAGAAUGUCAAUAGCAUCAAAUUUAACAAAUGAGAACUCAUGUCUCGUGCCCGUAUAUUUACAAGUAGUCGGGAAAGGCUGUGUUAAACAUCAUGCAACUAUUUGUUUACCAAAUGUUGGAGAUAUAUUGUUGGAAAACACUUUAUCUGAGCCCCUACAUGAUGACUGUAAUGUUAAGCUUCGUAAAGAAAAACGGAAAGAACACAAGGUACUCAUUAGAAAAUGGAGAAGAAAACGUCUUAAACUUAGGAAGAAAACGCAAAAAAGUAUGGACAAAAAAGUAAAACCAAAGACAACAGAGCCAUCAGAAUACGUUAAGACAAUGCGAGAGUUAUGGCUCCCGGCAAAUACAAGUAAUGUUAGAUAUGCUUGUAUCAGGGAGACUAUGGGAUAUAUAACCCAGGGGACUUUUAGUUUCACUGAAGCCAAGUCGUGUGGUAUUGGAUAUGUUGCAUUUAACGCACUGACAAAGCUUUUGGAGACUGGCUCAGACAAGGUGCUAGUCAGAAAUACAACGUCUAGGAAAUAUCGAUUAGCAACUGUGAAGAUAAUAAAUAUAUAAAAUUAUAAA